GAUGAAGCGUCAGCAAUGAAUAAGCGGAUUCAUUACUAUAGCAGGCUCACCUCUCCUGCAGACAAGGCAUUGGUUGCUCCUGAUCAUGUACUUCCAGCUCCUGAUGAAAUCUAUGUGUACAGUCCAUUAGGAACUGCUUUUAAAGUUGACAGUUGCACAGAUGGCUAUGGUAAAAACUCCAGUGUAGUGACAAUAUUUAUAAUAUGGAAUACAAUGAUGGGUACAUCUAUAUUAAGUAUCCCAUGGGGAAUAAAACAGGCAGGCUUUACUUCAGGAAUUAUUCUCAUCUUGCUGAUGGGCAUUUUGACUCUUUAUUGCUGCUACAGAGUUGUGAAGUCACGGAAGGCAAUACCUUUAAUAGAUACCUCAAACUGGGAAUUCCCAGAUGUUUGCAAGUAUUACUUUGGAUCUUUUGGUCAGUGGUCAAGCCUCUUAUUUUCUAUGGUAUCACUUGUUGGAGCCAUGGUCGUUUAUUGGGUGCUUAUGUCCAACUUUCUCUUCAACACGGGAAAGUUUAUCUACAAUUUUGUUCAUGACAUUAAUGUAACAGAUAUUGUUCCUGGCACCAAUGGAAGUAACAAAGUCAUUUGUCCAAGUGAUGCUGGCAGUCACCCACCACAGAACAGCAGUGUGAUGUUCUCUUCUGGAAACAAUACAGAUUUUGAACUCUUUGAGAAGUGGUGGAACAAAUCACAAACUGUACCAUUUUACCUGAUUGCCGUUCUUCUGCCCCUGCUGAGUCUGAAGUCUCCGUCUUUCUUUGCAAAGUUUAAUGUCCUAGGUACGGUUUCAGUCGUCUACUUAGUUUUUCUGGUUACCGUAAAGGCUGCUCAUCUGGGAAUCCACUUAGAAUACAACUGGUUUACAGAGAAUGAAUUUUUUGUACCAGAGUUUAGAAUUCUGUUCCCUCAGCUCACAGGGAUUCUGACACUUGCCUUCUUCAUCCACAAUUGUGUCAUCACGCUUCUUCAAAAUAACAAGAAUCAAGAAAAUAAUGUGAGAGACCUCUCUAUUGCAUACUUCCUGGUGGGAUUAACAUAUCUGUAUGUUGGAGUGAUAAUUUUUGCAUCUUUUCCUUCUCCACCACUGUCAAAAGAAUGUAUUGAACAGAAUUUUCUAGAUAACUUUCCCAGCGAUGACAUCAUGUCAUUUGUUGCAAGAAUAUUCCUACUGUUCCAGAUGAUGACUGUAUACCCACUGUUGGGCUACCUGGCACGAGUUCAGCUGUUAAGACAGUUUUUUGGAAAUGCUUAUCCAAGCAUUUUCCACGUGCUCAUCCUGAACAUAGCAAUUGUAGGAACUGGCGUAGCAAUGGCAAGAUGUUAUCCAAAUAUAGGAGGCAUCAUAAGAUAUUCUGGAGCAACGUGUGGUCUGGCCUUUGUAUUCCUGUAUCCAUCCCUCAUCCAUGUGAUCUCCCUGCGUCGUGCUGGGCAGCUGACGUGGCCAGCACUGAUCAUUCACAUCUUUAUUAUCCUCCUUGGACUGGCUAAUCUGAUUGCACAAUUCCUAUUGUGAAACGCCCCCCUUCUCCCUGUGGCUGUCAAAAGUGGUACUGUGACAUUUGGCAACACCCUUGAGCAACAUGGUUAUACAUGAGAAUGAGCCAGUCUUCAAUAUGAUCUUGAGAAAAACUGCAUCUUUGAAGCAAAUUAAAAACACAUC